UAAACGACCCAGACGCAGAACUGUGGAUGGUGGUAUACAUGAUACCUGCGAUGCUGAGCCUGCUUGUGGGACUUAACCCUCUUGUCACCGGCAACUUAAUUUGGAAGAGUGCCUCUGCAAUACACAUAUUCUUUUGUAUCGCGUGGGCUGUCGGCUUGGCCUGCCACCUCUGGCUUCACUCCCGACAGAACAUCUUACAUGAGGAAGAAGGCAGGGAGCUGUUUGGUCUGGUGAUUAUCACAGUAUGGAUGGGCCUAUGUCACAGUUCAUCAAA